AUGUGGAGGCAACAUCCGAAGAACACCGAUGUUGCUUGGCUUGAGAUCAUCGUGGAUGAAGCCGGCGGUGUGGACGUCCUUGAUGCCAAGGAGGAUCUGAACGACGACGUGGGCAUGGCACCAACCUUAGACUGCAACUGUGACGAUCCAGCCCUAUCGGACAUGCAGCAUCCAUGCGCCGGCUUUGGGACUCUUACUCGGUGCGGUGACCGCAGCAAAGAUUUCCAACAUCUCCUAGUCUGCCGAACAUGUCUAAACCAGUAUGGCACGAAGCCACCUGAUCUGUUGUGGUGGCUUGUCAAGAACUUCGGGAGGCGGUUGCGACACGAGAUGCAGGUUAAGAUCAAAGCACCUGAGGACGAAGCGGUUCAGGAAGAGCUCAGGCAUACCUUGGAUGAAGUAAGGGGUUGGUUCGAGGGAAAACAGUCCAUCUUCCAGGAUGGGAAGUACCCUGACGGAUACGCGAACGAUACGAUCCGCAACUUCAUUCAAGCGGGCCAUCCCCACAUUCCCUCCACGGACGCUUGUCAUCGGCACACGACGAUGAAUGAUGUUGAAAGCAUCAACCACACUCUGGAAAACGUCGUCUUGACAAGAACUGUAGUGAACCGCGCCAAAUACACGCAUCUCGCCGGUCAUGUGCAAAUCAUUGCCGAGUUAUACCGAAUGACGCGCGACGAGGAGAUUUGGCCCCUCAAGCAUGCGGCCGAAGACGCUGCCCGUGUUGGCGCUAUGUCUGCAGAAGAGAAGAAGCUGUGCCUGUAA